CGAUGCUGUCGUCUUUAGCACGUCCUGCUGUGCGCUGUGCACUGCGACCCCGUCGUGUACUUAAUGGCCACAACUCUGUUCUUCUACGCGGCUUCGCGUCCGCAGACAAGUGGGGCGUCACCAACGACCGCAUCACCGCUCGGGUCGUCAAUAUCGUGGAGGACGGUGGCGGCAUGCGCACGGAUGUCCCCACUCGCCAAGCCAUCCAGGAGGCACGAAGCCAAGGCGUAGACCUCGUGCAGGUGUCACCCGUGGGCAAACUUCCUGCGGUCUGCAGACUUUUUGACUCUAAGAAGCGGUUCUUUGAACUCAAGAAAGCCAACAAGAAGGCCUCAAAGCAGCAGAAGCCCAAGCCUGACAAAGAGGUCGUUGUUGGAGCCAAGAUCGCCCCAAAUGAUUUGAACAUGAAGGUAGAGCAGCUGAAGCGGUUCCUGAACAAGGGUCACAAAGUCAAGUUGACGAUCAAGUUCGCGCACGCGUAUCAUCUGAAGACUCAGUGCUUGGAGCAGCUAGGCAACAUUGGAGACCGUAUUGACGCCGAGACGGGCGUGCCUGUCGGUCAACCUAGGGAACAGUUUGGCGGGGUGUACAUGUACUACUCGCCAGCCAAUUAGAAGAGCAGUCUUUGUUUCAAGGGAGCUCAACGCCGAUGAAGAGCCUUUGAGCUGAGUGGACAGCAUCUAUUUGAUGACUACUGUAUAGCCUCCCUAUUAUCUGUCACCACGCCUAUUGUUGCCAGGGUGUGUCAUGCCGGCAUGGUGUAGGAUACCACUACGCGCGAAUAUAAAUGCAAACGUAAGCCCCC